UGUGUUUUUCUGAAAGUUCAAAUUCUACCUGGACCAGUCAAACAGGUCUGACCUGGAGGGGAGGGUAAGGGAUGAUUACAUGAGUAGGAGGAAAAGGAAUAACAUCAAGCCAGAAAGAGAACUGCACAGAAAGAUUGCGGACUUCAUGGAUUGUGAAGUGAGGUGAAGGUAAAGGAGGAUUCGCACCUAGCCUGGAUUAUAUAGAUGUUGUUGGAGCCAGGCAAGCUUGGACAAGAUCUGAGGAUCCAAGCCUCUAGAGGGCGACUGCGUCCUUGAGUAUCCUACUCUUCCAUUCUGAACCUCUGUAUUUCUGUGCCAUGACUGACAACCAAGCAAGUGGAGCAGGAGACCAGCAGAAGCUCAAACAAAACACCAAACCUCAGUACGACCAGAAGGACAGUAACCAACAGGGGGCAACUGAGAAGCCAGGAAAAUGUGAAAUACCCCGUCAGCGGAGUCGGAGCAGUGACUCGGAACGACGGGGCAGGCGGCGGGAGCGAGCACAGGAACAUGGGGGAAAGAGGGAGCGCGGUCGGAGUGCAGAGUCCAGACAAGGCUCGAAGAGAAGCAGCAAUGGCAGGGGCAUUAGAAACCAUCACCAGGACAACCUAGACGAAACGGAAUGUCCCAUCUGCUUCUGCAGCUAUGAUAAUGUCUUUAAGACUCCUAAGCUGCUCUCCUGUGGCCAUACAUUUUGCCUGGAGUGUUUGGCUCGCAUCAAUGUCUUGUCUGUGGAGAUCAAGAAGCUGUCAUGCCCCGUGUGUCGGGAGCUGACAGAAAUCCGUCACGGCCGAGACUUGCCACAUCUCGGCAACAACGAGAACGUUUUUCGCAAGCUGCCACCUCAGAUGCAGCAGGCUCAGUCUGUGCGCUUUGAACGCAGUAAAGGCAAACUGGUCCUCAAGAACACUCAUCUAACAAGCUGCUUCAGUAAGAAGAGCACGGUUCUGCCAGUUGGGAACAUGGAGGAAGGUCUCGCAUCGACUACAAUUGUAAAUGUGGGCAGACCUCCGAGCAGAGUGAGAGGUCGCGUAGGGAGGAUGUUUCAGUCCAAUAAUUGCUACUACACCGUGGUGGUUUCCAUCAUUGUGGUCGCAGUGGCUCUGGUUAUUGUGGGCAUUUUGACCUUUGUUGUGAUGCCCAAUGUGAUUCUUGGAAAGAGACCUUCACAUGGCGAUGACGGCGACUACAACACGACUCAAGGCUAGUGGGAGGCAAACCCUUUAAGAUGAAGUGAGGAGUAAGACAGCAAACCAAACUCCAGGAGUUGGUAUUGUUACACUGAGACGACAUGGCUGAAAGAUAUCUGCUGCCCUUGCCAUCAUCCUUUUGUGUCGGUGGCCAAAUACAAAAAGCUAUGACGCACUGCAUAUUGUAGACUUUUUGUGAAGGCUGCAACUUUAACAGUGUAAAGGACAGGAGAAAGAAGCCUCUGUUGCAUCUAAAUAGAAACGUUCGCUAGAUAAAUACUAUAAACAUACACUGCAACUAUGAUUAUAGCUACUAAAGUGGAAAAAGCUGUGAAACCCACGUCCCUCCACCCUGUCUUGAGUUUCACUGCGGCCUAAAUGACUGAGGUAUAGCUGUACGUUGACACACUUGCACUUUCUUGUUGCAGGUUAUAACAAUGCGCAUUUAUUUUCUCUUCCAAAUGUAUAGAUGACACUGCAGAGCAUUCAGGAACAAAUCUACAUGACUGUUUCUUUAACCUUCCUGUUUCCAGAGUAUUUUCAGCAUUGUUACAAGGAAGUGUUGGCACUGAUGGAGAAAAAGAAAAAAGAAAUGCAAAUGCUGUUGGAUCUAUAGCAAUGAACAAAACAAUAGUGUACAUUGAACAGUUGUCUGUUGGUCCUACAGUGCCACGUGUAAUCACAGCUACAGCUGACUGAAUAUGUGCUGUGUCACUGAGGUGUAAUGGCUGCCAAUGGAGGUUAACAAUUUGAUGCUUUGGAAUGUCUCCUCAUGCUUGUUAUUUAGGACAUCCCACAGGUCCUGAAGAUCAAGUAACAGGAAUCUGUUCCUGGCAGUCUAUUAAACCCCAAUCAGGACAGCAUGUUAACCACUUCAUCCUCACUUUUACUGAUAUUCACGUAUGGCCUUUUUCUCACCAUGAAUGAAAGUACUGAAUGAUGAUUAAGCAUUAGCUCACUUGGAUGUCCCUCACCUCAUAAACAUAUGAAUGGGGGCUGGCUGUAAUGGUACACAAUCUGUAAAUAACAUUUAUACAGAAUCAACAAUAAAUUAUCUUUUAAACAUUGA